AUGCGGGUGAAUGUGCGCGCAGGAUAUGCUGCCAGCAUAGGGGCAAUGCUUGGGCUUAGGCUAUAUCCCCUCGGUCAAGACGAGGUCCACACAUUUGACAAGGGAGCUCGCUUUCAGGCACCCUUGGGGCAGUCAGUCAACAUGCAUCACACUCCAACGCGUUUUUCGGAGGUCGUACCUGUCAGCGACAUCUUGCCCGUCGUCCUCCACCGGGAGGUGGAGGUGGAAGUCCUGCCAUCAGAUUGUGCUUGUUGCUGGUUUCCGUGGACGCUGGCAAGUGGUGAUGCAACAGCCAACGACAAUCCGUUGCAUGCAAUUUGGGCAGUCUGCCGCCAAGAUGAGUCUGUCUCGCGCUUUGUGGAUGAUCUUAUCUUUGGCUCGGCAGCAUGCAUUCAGGCCAUGGCAACCGUAGUGGAGGUCGACGAUGCGGAGCUUAACCAGCAGCAGCUGGCAGCUGUCGCACGGGCGAGCAGCGCCAAGCUCACACUGGUACAGGGCCCACCGGGGACGGGGAAGAGUGAAGUGGCCGCAGCAAUUGUGCAGCAGUGGGUGAAGGAUGAUACGGAGUCUGUCCUUGUGGCGACCUCCACGCACGCUGCCAAGGAUGUUCUCGCAGAGCGCUUGAGACGACGCCAGAUCCGACCCAGCACGCGAGCCCGAAACCAACGCCCACAGGAAUCCAAAGACUCUCAGGUGUUCGUCGAGACGGUCUACAUGUCUAGUGCACGCACGGACAGAACUGUUCAGAAAGUCCUUCUGGAUGAGAGCUCUCAGAUCACCACCGCAGCUGCACUUGUUGCCCUGACCCAUGGCUGCGAGAAGCUGGUGCUCAUUGGGGAUCCCCAACAACUGGGGCCUGUAUCCAGUUUCGGGCCGGUUUCCUCGACCAGCAGCUUUGCUGCUUUUGCUGAGGAGCGCCGAAGCUUCUUUGAGGUACUAGCCGACAGAUUCCAGUUGCAGCCACAUCGGUUGCAGGUCCAGCACCGCAUGGACUCGCGCCUCUGUGAGUAUCCCUCUCAUCGCUUCUAUGGAGGGCAGCUCGAAACUGCCGCAUCUGUGGAGGUCGGCGGUGUGGCGGAGCGCAUGUUUCCGCCUGGGCUGACUUUCAAGGCGGGAACCCCGGGGCAUCCCGUCGUCUUCGUGGACACCUCUGAGAUCCAGACUUGCAGGGAAAAACUGGUGCCCUUCUUCGGAAGCCUCUCCCUUCAUAACAGGAUGGAGGCACAGAUUGUCGCAGAGCUGCUACAUGGCUUCAAGGAAGCUGCCGUUGAUCCGUCCUGCAUGUGCGUGCUCACUGCAUACAAGGCCCAGGACAGCUUGCUGGCUGAGGCGAUUCAUGGAAGCAGCUCCACGGAGAGGGUGAAGAUGCGGAAGGGCCGCACCACCAUGAUCCGAGAGCAGGGCGUGGAUCCUUUGAGCAAGGAGCCCCAUCCCCGCAUCUACACAGUGGAUGGCUUCCAGGGCAACGAGAGCGACUACGUCUUCUACUCAGCUGUCCGCAGUGGGAGCACCGCAACAGGUUUCGUGGGGAAUCCCCAGCGCCUCUGCGUGUUGCUGACCCGAGCUCGCCGCGGGCUAAUCAUUGUGGGCAGCCGUGAGACCCUCCAGCACACCGAGGAGUGGCAGCAGUGGCUGCAAUCGGCAGAGAAGCAAGAGUUCGUGGUGGAUGACGAGCUUGUUGCGCGACUACAGAGGCGAGAGGUCGCGCAAAGAGGACCCCUCUGA